AUGCUCGCUGUUGUGAAAAACCUACAUAAUCCCUUCAGACACCUAUCGAUUCACCAAAGAAUUCUACAGAUAGUACGUCUAGGCUUUCCAGUCAUCUCGUUCAUACUAUUGAUUGCAUUGGCCAUCGUCAAGAAUGACCCUUUAAAUGGCUACUUUGCGCAACUCAAUUGCGACCAUUUGGAUAUGAUCAACGGUUUGGUGAAGCUUCUUCGUGGGUUUGAUGGAACUGUGUUCUUGGAUAAUCCCAACGCUGAUAUCCCAUACUAUUUCGAUCCCUACAUUCCGGACUCUACCAUUAUAGUUAUGAACAACUACGCAAAACAGCAGGCCGAAUUGGCGCCGCAGUAUCUUUUGUUGGGGUUCAAGUCUUACUGCACGUAUAGAUACGACACGAAUUACGAUAAUCCAACCCUGCCUCAUAUCAACGUCACCUAUCUGUGUGAAGAUUAUGCUCAUUUUGGUGCAUUUGACUUCAACGACCUCCUUGCCUCGGUGGGGUUCGGAAUCGUGCUUGACUACUCGGCUCUGGCUGCAUACGACAAUACCGCCCAAAAUGAGAGAAGGGCUCGUGAUCUUCGAGUUUUCAGUAUUGUCAAUAAUCUCAAUUUGGCAAUCCUUCCUUUGUUGAUCUUUGCUACUCUUUUCGUGUACAGCUAUCGCCAAGGAGCGUCCGACUUGUCUUCUGUCUCGAAAUGGUUGGUCCAUAUUCCGCUUGUCCUUUCUGUAAUUUCCGGAGCCUCGAUCACCACUUCUGUUGCGAUUAUAUUCCGGAAUGUUGUGGACGGCAAGAAUAAAGUCAAGGAUCUGUUUGGUGGCUUCGGAAUGAGCCUCUCCUUCGGCCCGUUGUUCUUUGGCCUACAAGUAACAAUAUUCAUUCUUUUAGCCCUCACGAUGCUCUUCUGGAUGAUUCCUGUUUGGUGCUCUAACCCUGUGGAUGUUGACGACGAAACUGAAGUUUUGGUUGCCCUGUCCAUUUCCGAAACUCAGGCCACGUCAAAACCCUCGAGACACAGAUUCGGCAUACUUAAACGAAAGGGCUACUCCUCAACAUCUACAUCCACCAAUCCAGAUGAGGCAAGCUCGACUGCGGCGAAGGACCCGAAACUAUCUCUAUUACAAGAUUCCACCAAUUCAAGUUCGGGUGAUCUUUUCUCCAUGUCAAACCGUGAACAAAGCGAGUUAGAGCUCCGGAAAUUAGGUGAUCAAUUGUCUCAUAGACCACAUGUACGCAGAAUUACCAGAGCGCUGACAAUAAAAAACCCCGAUCAAAGCACAUGA